AUGGUAGACUACCAACCUCCAGCGCCCGCGCUACAGGAGCAGGAUCUUAAGGGCAAAGUUGCCAUUGUCACCGGCGCAUCAAAAGGCAUAGGCCGCGCUAUAUCCCUCUCCCUCGCAACCCGCGGCUGUUCCAUCCUAGGAACCUAUUCAUCCCCCCAAUCCGCCCACAUCUUCGACACUCUCUCCAGCACAGUCCGCAACCUCUACGCUGCCACCAAAAGCAAACCCCCAACUAUGCGAGGCGAGGCCGCUGAUAUAACGUCUUUAUCCUCUGUCGACACUCUCCUCACAGCGCUAGAUUAUCAUUUUUCUGGCGUACAACCCAGCAUACUCGUCUUCAAUGCCUCACACAAUACACGCCCCAGAGUAGGCAGCGCAAGCGAAGAUGAUAUCAACGAUUCUUUGACGGGGAAUUUGCACUGGCCGAUCAUGCUCAUGGAGAAACUGGUUCAACAAGGACUCUUCACGCCAAAUAGCCGCGUCGUAGUCAUUUCUUCCGACCGCGUACGGGACCCAUCUCCCGGAUCCGGAUUGUUCAACGCGACCCGUACAGCCAUGGAGUCGCUGGUACGGUCGUGGGCCGUUGAGUUGCCGCAUAGCUUUCCAGGCACAACGGUAAAUGCCGUGUCUGUUGGACUGACGGAUACACCUGGACUGCGCGCCUUUCCUGCAGAAGCCGUACAGGCGUUGAAGGAGCAGCGGUUGCCCAAGGUCAAGGUUGUUGAGGGAGGGAGAAUGGGCCAGGCGGAGGAUGUGGCUGAUGUUGUGGGGUUUCUGGUUAGUGAGAAGAGUAGGUGGGUUACUGGGAGUGUGAUUGCGGCGAAUGGAGGGGCUGAGUGGGUUGGUGGGAGUUCGUAG